AUGACCCGUGGCACCAGGCUCGUGCCCAGGACGCCCAGUAUGCGAUGGGGGACAGAGUGGUUUAGUACAACAAUUAUGGCUAGCAAGAGAACGUACAAUAGUGAGUUCCUUAACCUGGGCUUCACACAUGUAACUCACCAAGGCGUCCUUAAGCCACAAUGUGUUAUUUGUGGAGAAGUGUUAAGUAACGAAUCCUUCAAGAAAAACAAACUUACACGACAUUUGGAAAGAAAACACAAUGAACUUGUCAACAAGGACCGGAGCUUUUUUGAAAGAAAUGAGCAGCAAUUGAAAAGGCAGAGACUGGAUGCUCCUACCAACCCAGCAGUUAUCGGCAUGAAACAACAAACACUUGCUUCUUACCUGGUGAUAGCAGCCAUGAAGGAGAGUGGGCAGUUCAGUCUCCAGCUAGACGAGUCAACUGAUUUGAGUGAUGACGCCCAACUCAUGACUUAUGUACGCUAUCAAGGUCAAGAAGACAUGGAAGAAGAGUUUUUGUUCUGCCGGCCAUUGCAAACCACAACAAGAGGAGAGGAUAUUUUCAUGAUGGUGGAUUCAUUUUUCAGGGAAGAAGGACUUAACUGGAAACAGUGUUAUAGCGUUUGUUGUGAUGGUGCACCAGCAAUGUUAGGAGCCCGUCAAGGUUUUACUGCUCGAGUUAAGCAAGAAAAUCCAUGUGUGGUGAUUGUUCACUGUCUCCUCCACCGUGAAAAUCUUGCUGCUCAGAAACUGUCAAAAGACUUGCACAAGGUGAUGAAUGAGGUAAUUCAGAUCGUUAAUUUCAUCAAAGCUAGGGCUCUCAACUCAAGGUUAUUCUCUCAAAUGUGCUCUGACUUUGAUUCUACACAUAUGCAUCUGUUGUACCACUCUGAAGUUAGGUGGCUGUCACGAGGAAAGGUUCUUCAACGAUUGCUUGAGUUGCGGACUGAGACAGAGAUGUUUCUGACUGAAAAGAAACAUCAAUUGGCCCACAAAUUCUCAGAUUCAAACUGGUUGAUGCAAGUAGCGUAUCUUGCAGAUAUAUUUGCUGAAAGACAAUUUUUAUAUCUCUGUCCGUACACCAUUCUGGAACGACUUUCGGCUUACACCUACAAGCUGGGCGAUGGCACAAGUAAGCGGUCACGCAUUGUCCACGUCGACCGGCUGUGGGCUGCUGUGGAGGAAGGACACUUCACGUGGGGCCAGCAGGGAUCACCCUCGUCGCCAGACAAUGAGGUGAGGAGCGACAGUGAGGUGAUAGGUGAGGGCGAUAUAAACAAUGUGGCGGAGUGUGUUGUCGGUGAGCGCGAGAGUCCUGAGGAAGAGGCUUGGAGUGAACCAUGUUUAUCUCGCCCCUCAGGACGAGGAAAAGACCUCAAUGGUGGGCAGAUCAUGAAUGUGAGAGUGAUACUGAAUAGUCGGGAUGACUAUUUUUCGUGCGGGAGGGCAGUGUUACGGCGGCGCAGGGGGCGUUAG